UAAAUCCUAAAAAACCCUUGCAAGAAAGAGAGUAUUUUUCCAAAAAGUUUCUUUCUUUAUUUGAAAGAAAAAAGCCCAAAAUAUAUAUUUCUUCCAGAUUCAUCAUUCCAUCACUCUUCCAUUUCCCUUCUCUUCAAAGUUUUAAUUCUUUUUAUCCAUUAUAGAUCUACCCUUUUCGAUUCUACGUAUAUACAUGUACAUUUGAAUCACAAAGCUCAAGCUUUUAUUGACCAUAUAACUGGUGGAGACGUUGUGAUUCUAUUUUCUAAGUAUAAACAGGAAAAAGAAAGGGUUAGCAUCCGAGGAAUAACGGAGUAGAAGGGGGAAACAAAGCAUAGAGUUAUUGAGAGUAAUAAGGAUUCCGUUUGAACCCAACAGUGAGUUUUGUAGUAAAAAAGAUAAAAGAGAGGGAAGUGGAAGCGUUGGUUCCCUUUUUCAUGGUUUUUUUUUUUUUUAUAAUAAAGGGUUGGCUUUUUGAGGAUGCCACUUGGGUUUUAAUAAAAGGGAAGGGAGCGUCAAGGAAGGCCAGCAACUAAGAGAGACAGAGAUUAGAGUAAAGAAGAAAAAGAAUAUGCAGGAAACAAAGAAGAAGAAUGGUGGCAAUGAAGAUUCCAAGAAGAAGGAGCGUCAUAUAGUGACGUGGAAUCAAGAGGAAGAUGAUAUACUUCGAGAACAAAUCAGUUUACAUGGAACUCAAAACUGGGCGAUCAUUGCCUCUAAAUUCAAGGAUAAAACCACAAGGCAGUGCAGAAGAAGAUGGUACACAUACUUGAAUUCUGAUUUCAAGAAAGGAGGAUGGUCACCAGAGGAAGAUAUGCUUUUAUGUGAGGCUCAAAAAAUAUUUGGCAAUAGAUGGACAGAAAUAGCAAAGGUGGUUUCAGGCAGAACUGAUAAUGCUGUUAAAAAUCGUUUCUCCACACUGUGCAAGAAGAGAGCCAAAUAUGAAGCUUUGGCCAAAGAGAAUAGUAAUUCAUGUAUAAAUCCUAAUAACAAAAGAAUUUUACUCCAAAAUGGGUUCAAUACAGAUGGAACAACUGAUAGUGCUGCCCCUGUUAAGAGAAUGAGGAGAUCCCACAUUCCUGAUCUCACUGAAAGUUGCAACUUUGGAGAUAGAGCACAUAGAGUAUCUGGAACAAUCAUCAAUCAGCAGCUAAGACACCCAUUUGCUGUAUUGGGUCAAAAUCUCCACAAUGCUAAUAACUUGGUGCAACCUCAGGUCAACAAGGUUAAGGAUGUCUCCGAUGAUGGUCAGAGUUAUAGAACUCAAGGAACAUUUCUCAAAAAGGAUGAUCCUAAGAUAACUGCUUUGAUGCAGCAAGCGGAGCUACUCAGCUCACUUGCAUUGAAGGUUAACACAGACGGUACAGAAGAGAGUCUGGAAAAUGCUUGGAAGGUCCUUCAAGAGUUUUUGAAUCAGAGUAAAGAAAAUGACACCUUCAGAUAUACAAUCUCUGAUAUUGAUUUUCAAAUUGAAGAUUUCAAAGACUUGCUUGAGGAUUUAAGGAGUAGUAAUGAGGGAAGUCAACAAUCUUGGAGGCAACCUGAUCUCUAUGAGGUGUCUCCUUCCAGUUCUGAAUACAGCUCAGGGUCAACAAUUAUGCCUCAUCCAGCUGGGGAACGAGGAGAAAAGACUCGGGAUAAAAUAGAUGAACUGCACCCGGAUAUAUUGUCAAAUCAUAUUGGAGAGCAGAAUUGCAGUACCGAGGAGGAAGCAAGGGCUCUUUCCAGUGCAAACAAAAAUCAUGGCGAGAUGAUAUCAUCGUCUGAUGACCAAACGAACAUUAUCGUUGCUUCUACCUCAUCAAGCGCAGAGUUCAGUUCCCCAGUCCAAGUUACCCCACUUUUCAGAUCUCUAGCAGCUGGAAUUCCCAGCCCAAAAUUUUCAGAAAGUGAAAGGAACUUCCUACUUAAGACACUUGGCAUGGAGUCCCCUUCUCCCAAUCCAGCAAAUAAUCUUUCACAACCACCACCUUGCAAACGAGCCCUCCUCCAUAGUCUAUAACAAACCUAUGAUCAUCUCUUAUACUGAAAAUCAUAUCAGUCUAUAGUCCCCAUAUUUCAUCAUUUAUUCCCUGGAGCCACAUAGCUCAUGUUGAGUUUUUGUCCCCUUUUUUUUUUUCAAUUUGUCCAAGGAUUGCAGCCAUCUUGGCCUGGAAUUUUACAAGGCAUUUAAUGAUCUGCACUCCCAGCUCCCUUGCUUAGAAUGUUUUGGUGCAUUCUAGCUUCUCAGAUACAUCCAAUAAGAUGUCCUGAGUUUCAUUAAUUUUUCCCUCUAAUUUCCUAGAGAGUACUACCUUAAUACUCACAUUAAAAUCAGUGUGUGCUUUGUUAGUGUGUCGAUUCUUUUGUUUGUCAUCUCAUCCGAGCGGUUUCGGGUAUCUCUUCUCUCAUCAUUCAGAUCCAGUUUUUGUUCUUGAUUUGUAAUCUUGUACAGAACCUACUAUAUAAGAAAAAUCCUUAGAGUGUAAUUAAUACAUUGGCGAGUUGCCUACAUAUGAUAAAGAACAGAGGAAGAAGUAAAAAAAAAAAAAAAGAAAAGAAAGAGAAACAGAAAAAACGAGGAUCAACACCUUGAUGUUUUUGGGUGUGCAGAGGGUAUAGAAUAAGUUUUUAUUUAUUUAUUUAGUGGAUUUCUAUUCUGAUUUCUAAUGUAAUCGAACUCGAUAUGAUUUGAGUGAAAGGUGUUUUGGCUUUGGUGUGA